AUGGAAUCAGAGGAAGUCGAGCCGGAUACGAUCUUGAUGAAUAUACUGAUUUUGGGUUUGAGGAAAAACAGUCGAGUUGAAGAGAGUAUCGAGCUUUUUAAGACCAUGUUGCUAAAAGGAUGUGAACCCGUGACUAGUACCUACCAAGAGGUUUUGUAUGCGUUGCUCGAUAGCCGAAAGUACACAACGGCUAUGAAGUUGAUACGAAAGAUGUCAUCCAAGAAGAUGGUUCCAGGUUUUAACUCGUAUAAGUCGAUAAUCAACGAUCUUUGUGAAGAAAACCGCGCAGGUGAUAUGGUUUUGAAACAGAUGAUACAAGAUGGUUUUGUCCCAAAAAUAGCAAUGUGGAAGCAGAUGCUUCAGUGUAUAAUAUCUGAGAACACAUCUGUUGACAAACAGAAUUUGAAGAAGAAUUACUUUUAUGGGUUAUGGGUUUAUAAGGGUAUUUUGGUCAUUUAA